AACAACAACAACAACAACAACAACAACGCCGAGCAUGCCAGUGAGUCGAAUGAUGCAACGGCUGCACCGCCCACACCCGCCAGCAACAGCAGCAGCAGCAGCAUGACGCCAGACCAGGAAUGGCUGGUGAUGCAAAUCAACCACCUCCUCAUCGCCACAUAUGCGGAGGUGCCGGACACGGAGGCCGUUACGAGCGUGCUCGCACGUCUCCUCUUCCUCGGCGUGCAGCCCACCAAGCAGACGUACAAUCAUGUUGUGCGUGCUUACGAGGCCGCCGGCGACGCAUCGCGCCUGGAGUUUCUCAUCAAAUCGCUGGAGGACGAGCACGACGGCGGCAACCCCGAUGCGCGCGUGCCGGACCACUGGUACGCGUCGCUCAUGCGCGUGUACAGGACCACGCGCGACGUCGAGUCGGCGUUGGCGCUAAUGGAGCGGGCAGCGGACCGCGGGGUGAAGGACACGGCGCCCAUCAUUUCCGACCUGGCCGUGGUCGCGGCCGCUACGGGCUCCGUUCGCUGGGCAGACACCAUGGUGAGGGACAUGGAGGACGCAGGCAUGACGCCGUCCGGGGACGCGUAUCUGCACAUCAUCCGCGCAUACAGCGACCAGCUCGACAUCAGCGGCGCACAGCAGGCCCUCGCGCGUGCACAGACACACGCACACGCGCUGACAGACGAGCACUACGAGGCGCUUGUGACGGCGUGUCUUGCCGUGGACGACGAUGCUGGGGUGCGGCGGGUGCAGCAGGAGCUGCGACAGCACCAGCGCAGACAGCAGCGGGCACGCAGCCAGCAGCAGCAGCAGGCCGCGCCCGUGGCAACAGGCAUUGGCGGUUCGCGCGCCGUGAUGGCGGCAGCGGAGGGUGCAGUCUUGCCUGCAGGCAACAACGGGGAUGCCGCUGGUGUGUCAGAUGUUGACCCUGACCGUGCACAGGGCCAGUCGGCUAUGACGCACCAUCAUGAUGGUGAUGAUGGCGGGGAAGUUGUUGUUGGUGGCGCGGUGCCUGAACACGUGCAAGCAGCAUGGCAGCAAGGCUUUCAGCUGCACAUGCUCGCACCAGAUCGCUUUGCGCCCUGACGGCAGCCAUGUGCGCGUGUUGUGCUUGUGUGUAUUGUUUGUGCAUGUGAAUUGUGGUUUGCUUUGGGGAAUUACUGUGUGUAUCUGUAUUCGGAGGAGAGUAGCGAGUCACUGCCAUGAUGAAGACACUUUGUAUGAAGCGGCAUCAGAGUAAACAGACAGGAGAAGCGAAA